AUGAAUCGCGCCAAUAUUAGCUCUGGGUCAGCUUUUGAAGCAGAGAUUGGCUAUUCCCGCGCAGUCAUUGUAGAUGACUGGAUCAUGGUAUCAGGAACCACGGGGUACGACUACGCGAGCGGCAGGAUAUCAGACGACGUAGCGCAGCAAGCCGAGCAGACCCUGGUCAACAUCAGCGAGGCGUUGGAGAAGGCCGGGUCCUCCAUGGCAGACGUGGUGCGCGUGCACUACAUGCUGCCAGACAGGAACGACUUCCCCAAGACGUGGCCGGUGCUGAGGAAGUGGUUCGGGGACGUGAAGCCGGCGGCAACCAUGACGCAGGCGGCCUUGAUGAAGGAGGAGAUGAAGAUCGAGGUGGAGGUGACGGCUAGGAAGGGCAGCGGACACGGAGCAGCACGAGGGUAG